AUGGGUGGUGAUGAUGCGUCGAUGCUUUCUAACACAAUUAUGUCAGCAACAAUACCAUUGCUCCUGGAAGAAGAUGUUGAAUCUGGCUUACCACCCAGUUAUGAGGAAGCAGCGAAUGGAAAACGGACAUUGCAAAAUCGUCCAUUGCAACAUCAUUGGUUUUUUAAUUUUAAUUCUAGCAAAGCAACAACAAAUUUAACAGCUGUUAUAUUUUCCACUGUUGCUAUUAGAUUAGAAUUUCUGCGAAAAGUCUUCGGCAUACUAUCUUUGCAGUUGCUUAUUACAGCUGUAUUUUGCACGACAUUAUAUGUAACGCCAGAAGUUCGCCUUUUUUUGCAGCAGCAACUAUGGAUUGUACUUGCCUCUGUAAUCGGCUCAUUCAUUUUACUUUUUGCAAUGUUUAUCCACUCUCGUUCAGUACCUCUUAACUAUAUAUUAUUGGUAUCUUGGACUAUCAUGCAGUCCAUUACUAUAGGUGCUAUUGUCUCUUUCUUCGAUGUAAAGGUCAUAAUUGAAGCAGUUGGUCUGACAGCAGUGACUGUUGCCGGCCUUUUCGUUUAUACACUCCAAUCAAAGCGUGAUUUUCAAAGUCAUUGGGCUGCGUUAUUCAGUAUUUCUAUAGUUUUCCUAGCUGUUUGUUUUGCAAAUUUAUUUCUACAAUCAGCAUUAUUUGAUUUCUUGAUGGCUGCAUUUGGUGCUGUUUUAUUUUCCAUCUAUUUGAUAUUCGACAUUGAUCGUAUUAUGCAUCACACUUCACCUGAAGAUUACAUCGAAGCAUGCGUAUCGUUUAGGUUGCGUAUUGAACGCGACAUGUCUAUCGCGUUAGCUUUGAAGACUAUUCUAGGUGGAAAUCAGAAACGUCAUAUUACUUAUACUAUCUUAUGUGAUGUAUGUAUUUGA